UUGUCCUUGCCUACGGCAGGGGGUUGAAACUAGAUGACCUUUAAGGUUCCUUCGAGCUAUUCUACGAUUCCAUGGCGCUCUCCCAAACGCCCAGCACACGAUGGCCAGCGGGCAGAGACCCGGCAGCCCGCACCGAGGCUGCGCGAGCAGACGCCUGGCUGCCGCGGCAGAAGCUCAACAGCUCGCGAGACUUGGGUGGCCGCCGGAGCCGGCGCGGAGAGUGUCGCCAUGGAGCAGCCUCUGAGCAGCCCGCCAGGGCUGUCCACCAUCCUAGCGAAGACGGACUGGUCCGAGCCCUGGCUUAUGGGGCUGGGCGUUUUCCACCUCCUGUGCUUCCUUCUGACGUGCAUCUCGUUCCAGCACUACCGGGUGCAGAUAGGGCACUUCCUCUGCAUGGCAGGCUUAGUGUACUGCUCUGAAUAUAUCAAUGAAUUGGCAGCUAUGAAUUGGAGGCUGUUUUCUAAAUACCAAUACUUUGAUUCAAGAGGAAUGUUCAUUUCACUUGUAUUUUCAGCACCACUGAUGGUGAAUACUAUUAUAAUUGUGGUCACCUGGGUUUACAGAACUUUGAAUGUCAUGACUGAACUGAAGAUGUUACAGCAGACAAAGAAAGUAGAAAAAGAGAAAAAUAAGUGAAAGUGCCUAACACCAUUUAAUUAAAAAAAUUAAUAAUGCAUAUCCAGAUAAUAUUUCCUUUUGUGUAUUUAUCCAGAAACAGCACUGUUUUUGUAUCUGAUGUCAGGAGGACUUUGUAGCCUGUGGCCAUGGACAAUGAAGUGAAAGCAGGUACCUGGAAUAUAUUCGAACUGUCUGUGACAUUGGGGUUUUGUGCUCUUCAAUGUAAGAUGGUUUUCCACCAUGCCCAAGACUGUUAGUAUUGGUGAGAUGCAGUCAUCCAGCCUAUUUCCAUUUGCCUGUGUAUUUUUAGCUAUGUCUUAAAUGUGUUUAUCGGUUAUCCAGUCUCUUGCUACUUAAGCCAAUGGGAGCAAUGUUUUGAAAUCAAGUAAAUGAGGGACUAUAUUCAGAAUACCUCAGGAAUGCAUGCUUCUGUGAAGCAUCUCACUUCUAUAUAAAUUAAGUUUCAUAUUUCUUAUGUGUGUUGUGUCCCCAACGUAUUUUAGAAAUAAAAUUAUCCGCUGUAUCUUAAA